CCGCAGCUGUGCUGCCUCCCCGACAGACGACGCAGAGAGGGACAGAGAGAGGAGAAGAAGAAGAAGCGGGUAGAAACGGACUCUGAACGUGUUUUAAAAACUCUUUUAAAACGAUCACAGCUUCAGGCUCGUUAAAGUGUCCGCCGGAAACUUUACGCGCAGCUUUUGGAGACGUUUGCGCGUCAGGCUGUGCGCGUAAAGCAGAACCCACCUGUCCGACGAAGGUAGAUUUCACUCCGUUUCUUCUAGGAUGUGAAUCUCCCUGAUUUAUGUGAAAUAAGGGAUCGGAGCGAGCAGGCAGACGGGCAACCUGGGGUCAGAGCUGGCUCUGGUUAAAACAUGUGCAGCCCUCUGAGGAUCAGAAACACAGAGGCUGAAGAGGACUGAGCCUUUCCAGGGGAAAAAAACAACUUUUUUCCGCUCUUCUACGCCGAGAUGAUGGAUGGAGAACAUUCUGCGCUGUCAGGAGUUGAGAGGGAAAGAGAGAAGCUUCCACCAAUUUACAACAGCUCCGCUCCAGCUGGUUUGGGGCGAGGAGCCAAGCAGCCGUUUCCAUCUCUGGGCACCUUCAUCUCCACGCUGAGCCAGAGGAGGGACGCCGGGGGGCGGGGCCUGGCUGGCAGCAUGACGGGCACCCUGAGCAGCAACCCGGGGCUCAGACACGGGAGAGAGCUGCCUCCGAUCUGUAGCGAUGUUCGCCAGAAGCAGCGCCUCUCCAUCGACACUCUGCCUCCAGAGGUCAAAGCUCCGUUCCCCUCCGACCCCGUCAUCCCUCUGCGAACCAAGACCACCAAAGAGUUCCAGGAGGACAUGGAGCGUGCCGUCCAAUCAGGGGACUGGAGGGAGGUCCGAGAGUUUUACCUGACCACCUUCGACUCCUUCAUAGAAAUCAAUGCUGCCUUCAAGCGAGAGGCGAAUGGAUCGUUUAACACCAUAGACGACUCAGGAGUCAACGCCAAGUUUGUCAACGCUGUUUACGACGCACUGCUCAGCACACCUCAGGACAUCCAGAAGUCAGUGUUGAAAGGGAUCAUCAACAGCCUGCUGAGGGAGUGGAAAGGGCCUCGGACAAAAGACGACCUGCGAGCUUAUUUCAUUCUCGUUCAGAACCCACAGUAUUCGAGCACCAGCACUUAUGUGAUCUACGCUCACCUGCUGAGGCAGAUUGCAGCUUUGUCGGAGGCCGACCACCACUUCCUGGUUCACUGGCUCAAAAAGCUGUCAGCAAGGCGUUUCAGGCAGCUGGUGGAGCGCCUCCUGCAGUUCAUCUCCACCCGUCUGUUUCCUGCAGAACCAGAUGAACUUCCUCCUCUGGCUAAGUGCUCCUGGUGGAUUCCCUCUGCUACCAAAGUGCUCAGCCUGUUCAAUGCAGCCAACAGCGUCUCCUCUCCUCCCAUCAUGCCUUUCACUGACUUCUACAACAUCACCCUUGAGCACAUAGACUUCAUGGAGGAGUACAGGACCUGGCAGAACUAUGGCAACUCAAAUAGAUUUUCUUUCUGUCAGUUUCCCUUCAUCCUGUCAACGGUGGUGAAGAAAGCCAUCAUCCAGAAAGACUCGGAGCAACAGAUGAUCAGUCAGGCCAGGCAAAGCCUGGUCAGUAAAGUGUCUCGCAGGCAGAGAGUGGACAUGAACCUUCUGUUCCUCAACAUUAAAGUUCGACGAGCACAGCUCCUCAGCGACUCACUGGAUGAGCUGACGAGGAAACGGUGCGACCUGAAGAAAAAGCUGCGGGUGACGUUUGUCGGGGAGGCGGGGCUGGACAUGGGCGGCCUGACGAAGGAGUGGUUCCUGCUGCUGGUCCGACAGAUCUUCCACACAGACUACGGGAUGUUCACCUACAUGAAGGACUCGCGCUGCCAUUGGUUCAGCAGUUGGAAGUGUGACAACUAUUCUGAGUUCCAGUUGGUUGGGACUCUGAUGGGCUUAGCGGUUUACAACAGCAUUGCUCUGGACAUCCACUUCCCUCUCUACUGUUACAGGAAGCUCCUCACUCCACCUACUGCACCAUGUGACCAAAAUGCCCUUGUUGGCAUGGCAACCGCCACCCUGGACGACCUGCAGCAGAUCAUGCCAGAGCUGGCUCAUGGUUUGGGAGAGCUGCUGAGCUACGAGGGAAACGUAGAGGAGGACUUCUACCUCACCUUCCAGGUGUUCCAGGAGGAAAUGGGCAUCGUCAAAUCCUACAACCUGAAGCCCGGAGGAGACAAAAUUCCCGUCACCAAGCAGAACAGGAAGGAGUAUGUCCAGCUCUACGUCGACCUCCUGCUGAAUAAAUCCAUUUAUAAACAGUUUGCUGCCUUCUACCACGGCUUCCACAGUGUGUGUGCCUCUGAUGCGCUCAUGUUGCUUCGGCCGGAGGAGGUGGAGAUGUUGGUGUGUGGCAGUCCGGAGCUCGACAUGAGCGCCCUGCAGAAAGCCGCUCAGUACGAAGGAUACAGCAAGACGGACGCCACCAUACGUGUGUGUGUGUUGCACCAGGUGUUUCUGGGACGUGGUGCUGGCCUUCCCUCUGGAGCUGCAGAAGAAGCUCCUGCACUUCGCCACAGGAAGCGACCGCGUGCCUGUCGGAGGAAUGGCCGACCUCAACUUCAAAAUCUCCAAGAUCGACGUUCCAACCGACUGGUUGCCGAUCUCUCACACCUGCUUUAACCAGAUCUGUCUGCCUCCAUACCGAACCAGGAAAGAGCUCAAACACAAACUCACUAUCGCCAUAUCCAACGCAGAGGGCUUCGGCCUGGAGUGACAGACAACACACACACACACACUGUUAGUAAUGCUAGCUAUCUGUCUGCCACAGCUACCACAACUCGCCUUAUGUCUGUCUGUGGUCACGGAUCAGACUGUAGAGCGAGUGAGUUCUAAUGUCUAAUGUCUGAUGGACUGAUGAAGUUACGCUGGGGUUGGACUCGUCAGUUUUCCAACACUGAACUUGAAAUUUGCGGCAGAUCAUUUGGGAGCACUGACGCUACAAACACUAGAAAUCGAUUUUGAUUUGCACACGGGCCGUGUUAGUUCGACAGUAAGACAACCCCGAGGAAAUAUACGUGAAGUAGUUCUCGCUUUUCUAUAUCAGUAGAUUAUCAGUCUGCCUUCCGAAAAACUUUACGGGUCAGAUUCUGGUCACAGUUUCAUAAAAGAUCACAUCACUGAAAACAUAUCACUCAUACUGUGUCGGGUCAUUUCCCCAGUGUUCUCUAGAAACCUUAUGUCACCAAAAUAAUACACUUCUUAUAAAUUAUAUUACUAGUUUGCUCAGGAAAUUAUCGAUAUUACUAUUUUCAAACCACAUCAGCAGGUAUUUGCCUCCACUGACCCUGACAUUUUUUAUGCUCCAGAGUCGAACAGAGAAUCAGGCUUGAGUUAAAAACGCUCAGAUUACAAAGUUUAAUAAGAAACUUUAAAUCCACGAGCACUCAGUAUGAAUCCAGUUGAAGCUUGAGAUAAAGAAAUCUAUUUUAUUUUGACAGCAAUAAGAUACAGAUAGAAGAUAGAAGACUUCCUGUUCCGACUUCACUGCUUUGGUGACUUUUUAAAUCUAUUUUUAUGAAGCAUAGUCACUGUGUUUUAUAUCAUUUUGCUUUGUUUGCAGCACACUGUCAGGAUAUAAAGCUUUGCUGGGAGAAGAAUACGGUUUGUGUAUCGUGAGAUGUAGAUUGUCUUGUGAGUAGUUUUGUCAUUGAUGUUUUUUUGACAUUGCUGCCAAAAGGCCGCAGCAGAAAUGUUUUAAUUUCGUUUUAAUUGUUGUGAUUUUAUGACGGAGCUGAACCAGAGCUGUUGAUCGACAGAUUCAGAAAUGACCAGCAGCCUGCAGACAGAUGCUGCACAUGUUAACUUGUUAGCUGAGUACAGAGCAGAAGAUGAGACGGGACGGGAGAGGACGCCGUCCUCUGAAUGUCCUGCUCUGUUACUGACAUGUUGAUAGUCAUUCUGGUCAGUUUCAGCAGCUGUGACCGAGCAUUCAGAGAUUCUCACAUCAGAGUAAUCACAGCUCUAACACUCGUUUCUGACAUGCAGUGUCUAAAGUUUCCUGAUUGGAUCAAUCCUGGAAACACAAACCCAGCGUGUCCCCAGAAGAUCCCAAACUGCACAUUGUGAUGUGAGUGGUGCUCAGAAAUUAUUAUUAUAGAAUUAUUAUUAUUUAAAUGUUCCUCCUGCCUUGUUACUUAUAGUUCUGCUUUUUGUUGGUGGAAAGCUUUCACUCAGUGAGUUCACAUGCACUUAAAUAACCAGUUUAAUGGGGGUAACAAGGUUACUCUGGUAAUUGAUUGGGGGUAAUUGUCAGUCUCCAGGAGAGAUCAGGGGGAAACGUCCCGUGACGGUGACAGAAACCAGGUUUCUAUGAUCUGUCAUUUACAUGACAGUUAAUGAAUCAGUUUACUGGAGAAAUCGGACUUUAACCAAACGCUAAAUGCAUGUAAACACACUGAAUGUGAAGCAGCUACGGGAGCUUUCUGCGUUAGCUCACACAGCGUCAGCCUGUUUCUCCUCUGGCUUCUCCUCUCCCUGUUCCCUGUAAUCGCUUCAUCCAGCAUCAGGUCACAUUCAGAGAGUAAAGACGUUAUUUCACUGGGUCUUUAGAUCUGUAUCACUUGCUCAGGGCAGAGCCGCCUAAAAUCAGACGGCCACGGUGGGAUCCAGACUCUCUGCCUCCAGUGCAGCUUCAUGCUGCCGCUGCUGUCUCCUGUCCAAAUCUGAGCGGUGCUGGUUUUAAAGACUUGGCACUGUCCAAAGACCAACUGGCAAAACACCCAGAAGUAACCAAGCAACAGUCAAGCAGCUUGUAUGGCUGCACCAUUCAAACCUACAUCAGUCGGAUCUGGGUCAGUCAUUCACCCACUUCCACUGAGAAAAGCUCCUUAUACAACAGUGGGUCCUUUCUAUCAUUUAGGGACACGUCCAAAGCAGCAGCAGGAGCCAGAGGCAGCUCCUGUCCGAGCAUCUGUGUGAGCAGGACUCUGAGCCUCAUUCACAUCACGUCGCACUCAUCGUAAAAACGAGCCGCUGACUGGAACAGUGUCAGCGUCUUUGUGCUGAACAGAAAGGACGCAGCCUUAAAGUGGGAGAUGUUGGAGGACGAACUCGUCCUCAGACAAAUGGGGGAAAAAAUGUAAUGUCAGAAAUUUUUUUUUUUUGAAGUGUUAAUCUGACCCAGGUCUGUUGUGUGUUAAUGGGACCAAACUGUGUCAGGUUAUACAGUGGGAUGGCGGUUUAACGACCUGGUUAAAAAUCUGUUCGAAAAUAGUUCAAACAGAUUCAGAGGAUUUGAUGAGAUGUAAUUAUUCUAAUUAUUAAUAGACGGCACGUAAAAGAAGAGAGAAGUCAUGUGUUUAUUAUUUAACAGCUGUAAAUGUUCACAUGUUCGUCAGUGUCUGGCAGAUGUUGUGUACACGUAGUUCAGGUGGGUUUUAACAUGAGCUGAACAUUCGUGACCCAUGUUUUUGAAAUCUGUUAUGCUUCUGUGUUGCCUGAGUCUUAUAUAACGAAUGUUCUGCCGUGUUUCCAUAAGUGUUUAGCAGUAAAAGCAGACGAGGCGUCGUUCCUCUCUACA